AUGAUCCUGAUCCGCGGUGCGAGUCUUCGCGCCGCCAGGACGGCGUCGAAGGCGGACUAUCUGGUUUUCGGGUCGGCCUUCGGCUUCGAAGCCCUCGCCAUCCCCCUGUGCACCGGGGGCGGACCUCUUCCCGGCAGGCACUGCAGCGUCCUGCUUGUUGUGCGCCCUGGCGACCUGCUUUUGCCCGACGAGGAGGAGAUCGGGACGUUCUACCGCCACCUCGACCCCAAGACCUCCUCCAAGCGGCACGAGGAGGAGGCGGCCAACGUUAUGAGGUUUUUCGCCGAGUGCGCGAAGGCGGAGUUGAACCGUGAGGGAAGGCAGUGGACGGCUGCGCCUCCUUCCGCCGAAAUCCUCUCCGAACGUCUGGAGAGUCUUGCCGCCCCCAUCCGUGAUGUGAGUUUCCAACGUCCAUGUCGCCUUGUCGCCUGGGCUAUCGUCGUCGAGGCGUCGACUCACCCUUUUCGUCGUCGCCAUGUGCUUCGGAUGUUGAUGCAGAAAUUGCCCGACAUCCUCAAGGAGGAGGUCGCCGGCUCGGGGCUGUUGGCGGUCAACGCGUUCGCGUGGUCUUUGGAGCAUCUCGACGACGUGUUUCGCAGCUACGAUCCGCUCAUCGUCGAGAACCCGAAGAUGGUCGGCUUGAAGGCGCUCCGACUGGAGCUGCUGCACCACGCGGAGAAGGCCGCGUCGAACAGAGGGGAGGCGGCGUCGACCGUGGCCCGUGGCGUCGAAACCGGCAUCGCUAUGGGUGGGGAGGAGGAGCACGAGAGGGAGGACGUUGAGGGGGGCGGGGAGCACGACGGUGGCUCGGAAGAAGAGGAGGAGGACGUGGAGCGUGAGGAGGACGACGUGGUUGUCACCGGCGAAGAGGAGGUAGUGCAGUUCGCCGGUGAGAAGGUUGCGGAUAUGGGCGGCGGCAGUGGACCCAAGUUGGGCAAGAAGGCCCGGGGCAGCAGUGGCUCGACCCCGCCUAGGAUGGCGUCAAAGGCGGCUAUCGAGCGUCUGAAGGCGGCGGAGAGGGAGAUCAAGAAGCUGAGGGAGGAGAAGCUGGUGGCGGAAAAGAGGCUGGAGUUCCAAACGGCCCGGAAUGACACGAUUUACGGCGUGGUCACCUCGGCCGUGAACAAGCUCACUACAGUCGCCGAGGGCGUGACCCAUCUCGAGCAGACGUCGGGGAGGAGCAUCCAGCUGGCGGUGGACGCUGUGAGGGCGGUCGUGCAGGAGGCGGUGAGCUAUCGCGGCUCCACCCUCGAAUUCAUGAACACGCAGUGGCUGCCCACCGUGCAGGCCCUGCACUUGACGGCUACUGCUGCACAGGGUAGGCGACGGGAGGACGACCUCCUGCUGCUUCGAGGUGUGGCAGAUUCUCUCGGCCAGAACAUCAAAACAGUCGUGUCUGCCGAGGUGAAGGCCGCCAUGGAGGGCGAGGCGCAGCGGAUCGCCGCUGCCGUGACUGCGAAGGUCGUCCAAGAGCUUAGGGACGACCUGGUGAAGGCGGUCACCUCCGCGACCCAACAGGGCAUUGGCACCGCCGGGUUUAGCCUCCUCCCAACUGCUUUCGCGUCGGUGAUGCACGGCGGUCGCGCAACCGCCGAGGAGAGUGGGCCGGCCCCAAGGCAGUCGGGGAAAAGGGUCGCCGACGAAAAAUCCCUGACCGGCGACCAGACCAGCGGCUCUAAGCGAAGCAGAGGACCUGCGGUGAAACGCGGUGUGGGCGUGGAUCCUCCUGCCCCUCCGUAUGUUCGUAUCCCCGGCGUCCACGACUUGCUGAAAGAUGGACUUGGCGCGCGACCGAGCGAACAUUUUCGACUGGUCGACGUCGCGCUCGAGGAUCCUCAGUCGGUGGUCGGGAAGACCGGUGGGCAGCCCGUGGGGGACAAGCAGCCACAGGCCCCGACCGAUCCGCCGAGCGCACACGACGCGCCACCGAGCUGCGAGCACGUGGUCGACCAAGGAGCAGAGGCAGCGAACGUCGCGGCGGCGACUGCAGGGCCGAGUGGGUCAACGGUGGAGGCGGCUGUGUGGAGAGCGGCGGAAGAGGCCGGCGGGGUGGACGAAGAGAUCCUCGCCAGCAUCGUGAUGCCGGACCCGGAAAUCGAGGUCAUGCGGGAGAAACUACAAGCAGCAGCUCCCACCGUGGGAGCGCAACAGGGUGCACCAGCCGCCUCGACUGCUCCUGCGGAGGACCAUAGCGCGGCUGGCGCCAAAUCUCCCCCGGCCACAACCGGUGAGGUCGGCGAUGGGAAGCAGAGGCGCAAGGGCAAGGACAAGGCGAAGGGCGGCCCGCCGAAGGUCGGCUCUUCCAAGGGGACGUCCAAAGCGGCCGCGCAGGGUCGGAAGGGUUCAGGCGUCCGCGUUGACCCUUCAACUGGGCUGGCCGUCUCGGAGAUGAAGUUAGGGAAAAAGAGCCGUUACAUCUGCCGGUCGAUGGACAAGUCCGAGGCCGCCUACUGCAUUGCUGUCGCCGUUUCGUCGUUCGACGGCUUCGUCAGCGACGUGGUUCUCGACGAGUUCGGUGGGGUCAAGGAGGAAGUGAUGGCGCAGUAUAAGGCGGACUGGAAUGUGGCGCGAUUGAUUCCGGGGGGCAUGUGGAUGGUCAUGUGGAGCCGAGGGGCGAACGUCUUCCGCGACAGGAUAACCGGAGCCGACCGCGCAGCUCUCAUGUUGGCUCUUUGCCCGGCGGUGUGGUUCGGCGACCUUCCGGAGUCGACCGAGCCCGAGAAGGCCGCGAAGAAGAAGGUGGCGAGCGACAUGAUCACACGCGUUUCGAUGUGUGCCGCCUUCGCACCGGUGGCCGCGAAAGUGUUGCCCAUUCCGGGCGUCGGGUCGGAGCAGUUGUCCGAGAUCCUCGCCGGUACUGCGGCCGCGGUGUGGUGUUUUUCGGAGACCAAUGCCACGGCGGAAGUAGCGGCCGGCGAAGGGGGGGCGGCAGCGACCGUGCGCGGAGCGUCCAACGAGUUCGCGAGUCGGUGUCGGACCGUCAUCGAGGCGGUGCUUAAGCGGGCGGCCUCCCGGGAGGUCGUCGUAGGGGAGGUCGCCGAAACGGUGACGAAGGACCUGCAGGCGGCUGUGCUGAGGUCGCUGCCUGAGGUCGGAGAGGAGCGCGAGCACGACGAGCUGAUCGCCCGUGUCAUGAUAGAGAACCUCGCCUUCUGGGGGGACUGCAAUGUCGGAGGCCCGAAGCUCAAGGCUCGCGGCGUCGAUUUGCCUAUCGACCCCCAGAUGAAGGUUAUCAUUCGGGACAGGGGGGCGAGGGGGCAGCAGCACAAAGGGAAGCAGGUUGCCGACGCCUAG